UUCUUUCACAUUUAUAGCAGUGUAAAUUUUUCUAUUUCUAUGAAAUUUCAUUUCUGUGUCUCUUGGUCAUGUUGCUUGUGUUUUCUUUUUCUGUGUUGUACUCUUGCUUUUGGGGUUUUAAUAGGUGACAAUUUUACAAGUUGGUAAAGGAAGGUUCAUUGACAUAUUAUUUCUCAGCAUUUUUUUAGAUUUUAGUACUGGGAGAUUUCAGUCAAUUAUUAACCAAAUGCAGACAAAAGUACUACUGUCGGCCAACAGACAAGCUCAGUCUAGUUUGCUGUGCCAUGAUUCACUCUUUCACUGACUUUGUAGUUAUUUUUUCCUUCCACCAUGUGAUUGAUUCAGCAAUGGGGAGUGAAGCUUUUGUUUUAGUAUUGUGUGAACUUUUAACCACCCUUCUACAUUUGGUUUUAGCUUUUCCACAUAGGCAUUCCACCUCUUCCCCAGCUAAAAGAUUGUUACUUUUUUCUUGAUUUAUAUCAAUACUACUGUUUUAUCUAGGAAUUCUGGGGGCACCAUUAUGUGGAAAAUCCACAGUUUGGUUGAAUAGGCUUAAUAUUUCUCUAGAUUUUAGGAGUUGUGAUCUUUUUUUUUUUUUUGGGAAUUAUUGUCAUUGUGCUGAAUUAAAGUCGAAUUGCCUCAAUGAUUCACUUGGCAUGCACCCUAUUUCUGCUAAAAGGACUAGUGAUACCGAAUACCUUUAAGUAUCGCUAUCAGUACUUCUGCUUGUUUCUGGUUUUUACUUACGGAUUUUCUACCAUUGUAAAUAAUGCAAACACUCCUCAAGUUGUGUAUAAAUACAGUCUCAAGAUCCCGAAUUAUAUGGUGUGAAUGAGGAUAAAGAGCAAGGUCGUAAAUAUCAUCCAAGUAAUAAUGAUAAACCACUUCAGCUGUGUGAUGGAGGCAAUCAGCCUACUUACCCUGGUUACUCUCAUUCAUUCUAUUAAAAUUUGUGAAAUGAAGAUCGAUCAUUCCAAAUUAAAUGAUAUAUAUCUUCUUUCUUGACAUCAGAUCCACCAUCAAGUGGCCCAUCUACCCAUGGAUGCCAGAAAAACACACACUUGAGGUUAUCCUUGACAUACUACAGAGGAGAGACACCCAUGAAAUAUUUGCUGAACCAGUUGACCCCGAAGAGGUGGAGGAUUAUUGUGAAAUCAUCAAGGAACCUAUGGAUUUUAGCACCAUGAGAGCUAAACUUCAUGAAGGGAUGUAUACAAGUCUCGAACAAUUUGAGCACGAUGCACUUCUGAUAUCUAGAAAUGCUAUGCAAUUUAAUUCAUCAACCACCAUUUAUUUCAGACAGGCUCACGCAAUACACAAAUUAAGUAAAAGAGUUUUUCGUGCUGCUAAAACAAACCCAAAGAAUUUUGAAUCGGAGUUCUCAGAAGCAGGACGAAGGACUGUUAGAAGGCUGCAAAGUGAAGCCGGAAGUCCAAUUAUUUAUAGCUCAAGUCCAAGGCUUGCUACAAAUUUGAGAUCCCAUAGCACAACUGUUAAUAAUUCAUCAAAAAUUGUUUCUAAUUCAUUGAGUGGUUCAUCAAAUCUCAAGAGAAGUAGUCAAGGAAACUCGGGGUGCUCUGGUGCUGCAACUUCUGUUAUUGAAAGAAAUCUCGAAAAGCUGGCUGGUGCUAAAGACAGUAGAAGAACUAACUUUUCUGGGGUAGAUCGAUGUUCUACAUAUAAUACCUGCACACCUUCCCCGAAUGAGAAUGAUUCAGUUGUGUCAAUAGCACAUGAUAAUUCGAAAGCUCUACAGCAUGUAAAUCAGCAGGAUAUUGGUUUUACAGAAAGCUUAGUGCUGUUUGUUAAAGACUUAGGACUAACGGCCCAAAUGAUUGCCAGACAGAAGUUACAUGGAUUGUCCACUGCCAGUUUUCGGAUUCCAAAUUCUAACUGUUGGCUUCAGACUCCAGGUUGUCAAAAUCCUCCUUCAUUUGCUUCAGCACAACAGAGACCUACUACUCUGGACACAACCUUCAGUUCUUUGACAUCUCAUAAUCAAUCUGAUCACCGUCAAGGACAACGAACUUUUCCUGGAAACAGCAAUGACCAAAUUGGCCUGUGUGAUAUUGAUAAAGGAGGGAAAGCUUUUACUGGUGACAGAUUGGAUACACAUUCCCCUUCUGCAGAAGCGGAACCCAACAUUGAGCAGAGGAAAAUUCCUAGUGCGUUUGGAAGGAUCUUUUGCACCGGCAGUGCAAUAAACACUGUAGGUGUUUUAGGGAGCAGCGAGGUUCAUAAGGGUGAAAAUAGUGGGAUUAAAUUGAGCUCAAACUCUGCUUUGCUUGCUGCUAGAGAUUUGAAUUUCUCACUUUUAAAAGACGGAGUGUUAAAAGACACAGGCGAUAAAUCAUUGAUCAUAUCAGACGAGAACAACUUUAGUAAUCAACCAUGGAGUAUUCUCCAUCAGACAUGUCCAGUUUCACCCUGCUAAGCAAUGCCAGUUCAUCAUCACUGUCUGGGCCUCUACGAACUGCAAGUAUGUCAAUAGGCAUCUGCUGCAUAACACGAAAGCUGCAACAAACUGGAUUCAUCAGGUAUUAGCCAAUCCAUAAAUUCAAGCCAACCUUCGCCACGUGUUUCCCAUUUUACUUUUUAUCUACCACACUUGAAAACAUGAUUGGAUCAGAUGAACACCUCCUCAAGGCAAGAUAGCUUAUUGCAGCAAUGCUCAGGUUCUUCAGCUAUAAGAUAUUGAACUUAAAAAAGAAAUGUUUUGACAUUUUCACAACUGGGGAUCAAUCGAGCGAAUAACAAAGAUGGAGAUAGAUAGGCCUUUCCUUAUAACCACGAGUCUACUUUUUAUAUAGAUGUAUACAAAUAUGUGAAGACUUUGUCAAUUCAAUGGGAUAGAGACUUAAAGUAGUGCUUCAAGCCUAAAUCAAUAAAGAAAAUGAUCCAUCCUAGGAAUGUAGAAAACAUACACCAGACUGGGUAGGAAAUCAAUGAAACCAAAAAAAAAAAAACACCUGAUUUAUUAUGCUUCAUCCAAAAUCUGUUUAUAUUUAGCUGAGUCUGUAUUAUUUAAUUAUUUUCUUACGCAUAAUAAUGUAUUUGAUAUAGAGUUUCAUACUUAUAAGAGAAUAAUAUGUUUAUGUAUGACCAUCA